GGUUUGAGGCGGAGCUGCUUUUGGGCUCAGGCCUGGUUGAUGAGGUAAUGUCUGGGGUGGUGGGGGGAGGGGGUAAGAUGCGCUGGGCUGGGAGAUGCCUGUGGUUGGGGGAUGGAGGCUGUGGGCCUGCGAGGCCUCAGUCAGUGCCUGCCACCCACAGAAAUCACUGCCUCACCCUUGGGUCUCAGGGCCAGAGAGGCAGGGCAGUAGUUGAAGUUGUUCUGCUUGGCCUGGAGCUGCUGGGGACCAAGGCAUUGGGAGAAGGCCCAAACCCCAAGUCUUCGUAUAUCUGUGGGGGAGGCUGUGGCUGCCUGGGCAGCAGAGUCAUGGAGCUGGAAGGGGCCUCCAAGGCAGCUGGUCCAGUCCUUACUAUAAUGAGACUCUCCUCUGUAACAUCUUUGAUGAGUGGUCUUCCAGCUUUUGCCCGAAGACCUGGAGUAAAGCCUGAAGCCUUUUGCCCCCUGAAGCAGCUCAGUCUGCAGCUGACUCCAGGGGGCAAGGCAGCUAUGGCUGGAGUGGGUGUGGGAGACUGGGUCCUGAGCAUUGAUGGGGAGAACACCAGCAACCUGACCCACAUUGAAGCUCAGAACAAGAUCCGGGCCUGUGGGGAGCAGCUCAGCCUCAGCCUCAGCAGGGCCCAGCCCCUUGUGAGCAAACCCCAGAAGGACCCACCCCCCUCUGCUGAACCCCCACGCUAUACUUUCACACCCAGCGCUGCCCUCAACAAGACCGCCCGCCCGUUUGGGGCUGCCUCGCCAGCUGAGAGCACAGGGGUGAAGCCAGGGACCUGCACGGUCCCCUCACCUCCCUUCAUCCCCCAGCAGAAUGGACAGCCCCUUCGGCCAAUCCCUGAUGCCAGUAAAAAGCGUCUGAUGGAGAACACGGAGGAUUGGCAGCCACGUCCUGGGACUGGUCAGUCCCGAUCCUUCCGGAUCCUAGCCCACCUCACAGGCACAGAGUUCAUGCAAGACCCUGAUGAAGAGCAGUUGAAGAAAUCCAGCCAGGUACCAAGGACAGAUUCCCCGGCCUCAACUGUGCUGACCCCAGAGCCCAGAUCUGGCCCCACCAGCCCCUGGAGCUCCGGCCCCGCCAGCCGCCCGCCCUGGGCAGUGGACCCAGCGUUUGCGGAGCGCUACGCCCCAGACAAGACCAGCACCGUGCUGACUCGGCACAGCCAGCCGGCCACCCCCACCCCCGUGCAGAACCGGAACUCCAUCGUGCAGGCCGCCCAACUGGGCCCCGACAGCAGCAAGACUCCUGUGUGCCACCAGUGCCACAAGGUCAUCCGGGGCCGCUACCUGGUGGCACUGGGCCACUCCUACCACCCGGAGGAGUUUGUGUGUGGCCAGUGUGGGAAGGUGCUGGAGGAGGGUGGCUUCUUUGAGGAGAAGGGCUCCAUCUUCUGCCCCAGGUGCUAUGACAUGCGCUAUGCACCCAGCUGUGCCAAGUGCAAGAAGAAGAUUGCUGGAGAGAUCAUGCACGCUCUCAAGAUGACCUGGCACGUGCAGUGUUUCACCUGCACUGCUUGUAAGACACCUAUUCGCAACAGGGCUUUUUACAUGGAGGAGGGAGCACCUUACUGUGAGCGAGACUACGAGAAGAUGUUUGGCACCAAAUGUCGGGGAUGUGACUUCAAGAUUGAUGCUGGGGACCGUUUCUUGGAGGCGCUGGGCUUUAGCUGGCAUGACUCAUGCUUCGUCUGUGCUAUCUGCCAGAUCAACCUGGAAGGAAAGACCUUUUACUCCAAGAAGGACAAGCCUUUGUGCAAGAGCCACGCUUUCUCUCACGUCUGAGCGUCUCUCUACUGUGUCCUGCCCCGCCUAGACACAGCUUGCGGCCCUGACCAUGCCGCCCCUUCCUGUGCCUUCCACCCCUCCUGAGUUGGGGGGGGGGGGGGCCCAGAGCCUGUGCAGUCCUCUCGCUUUCCCUUCCUGGGGCUAUCUCUCUGCACGAGACCCUAGGACUUCCCACGAGGCCCAGGGUGGGAAGACGGACAGAGACUCUCCCAGGCAGCUGGGGUGAUGGCUAGCAGCCUGGUUGAUUUGGGGGGCAUGGAGGAGCCUGAGACCUACUGAGGUCCAGGGGAUAUAGACAUACUUGUUCCAGAGUUUGUCCAGCAAGCCCCAACCCCGUCAAGCUGGAGAGAACUAGAGAUCCUCUGAGCAGAAACAGACCAAACUCUCCCCUCCCCACCAACCCUGCCCCAUCAUCUUGGCCUCUGAGAUCCCAGGUCCCACCAAAGUAGUAGCUUCUUCCCCCUUGCCACACCCCAGCCCUGGAUGCGGAUCUCCAUUUGCUUUUAGUGCCUUAAUAAAUCUUUCUAUAUCCUA